AUGCAGAAAUUGGCUGAUUUUAAGCUUCCUCGGUUCUUCAACUAUCCUCCAUACUUCACUUUGCAGCUUGUGAGGGACACUCGUGAGAAGCAAAUACAGCUGUGGAAAGAGCUUAUUUUGGAUUACUGCAAAACCCAAAAAGUUUUCUUGAUUGGCGUUGAAGAAGAUUUCCCUCUCUUCUCAAACUCUUCCAUUGAUAGUAUGAUCCAUUACUGCCUUUUCACCUGA